GAAAAUAUAUGCAUGAAUUGGUAAAAAAAAAAAAGAAAAAUCAAUGGGAAUGGCACUGAUAACAGAGCAGGCAUUAAAAUGGUGGAGUUUAGGUGCAUGGAAUGGUACACAAAUUUUAUGUGAGAAAAUAAAUACUCAAAAAGUAUAUAAAGGUUUCUGGGAAAAUCAUUUAUAUCCUCGACAUUCUUAUUCGUCUAUUCUAUUAUGUAAUCUUGCUAUUAUUUUGAGCGUUACUUGGGUUACUUGGUUCUUGCUCAAACCUCUUCGUAUGGCAUUCACGUCCCAGAUGAUUGGUGGUGUUAUCGUAAUGGGAAUACUAUUUUCCAACAGAGGAUUCGAGUACCACACAUUACUACCCCCAACAGUAACAUUCAUCUUAAAAACAAUGUCAUUCAUAGGCUUCAUAUUCCAUCUAUUCAUGCUAGGAGUAGAAACAAACAUGACUGUAAUCAUAAGAAGACUCGAAAAGAAAUCCAUAGCCAUAGGCUUUUCUGGUUGUAUAAUCUCAUUACUAUUCAGUAUUGCAGCAUUUUUAACAACAAAAAUAUUCAAAUUCUCCAAAGUUGAACACCAAAUGUCAGAUGGAAUCAUAAGUUUAAUGUGUCUUAAUGCACAAUCCUUCUUCAUGGUUACGUGUAACAACCUUAAUGAUCUCGGAAUAAGUAAUUCUGAUAUCGGUCGUUUAGCUUCAACCAUUUCUUUGCUCCUUGAUCUUUUAGUUAUGGUAACAAAUUUUACCAAAUAUGUGAUUUUACCACCAAUAGUUAGUAUGGGAAAAGAUGUCAGAAAUUCAGCUAUAAUUUUGGGUUAUUAUGCCUUAAUUUUCUUGGUUUUUAGACCAUUGGUUAUGAUGGUUUUAAGGUAUACCCCACAAGGAGGGACUAUGAAGAACACCCAUUUUAUGUUUAUCUUUUUGAUAGUUAUGUUUGUUGCUGGGCUUGGAGAAGUGUUGGAUGAAAUGUUUGCGGUUUUCUUGUUCGCGUUAUCAUUACCAGAAUAUCCAUUGUCAUCUGUUUUUUCAGAGAAAUUGGAUGCUAUUACUUCUGCUGUGUUUUUCCCUGUGUAUUGUGCUGUGCAAGGGUUGCAGACUAAUGUGUAUUCUCUGACUAAAAGGUCUUUGCAAUUUGAGUUUAUUUUGAUUUUGGGUUAUGUUGGAAAGUUUGUGGGAACUACAUUUUCUGCUUGUCUAUUUGGGUUUCCUUUGUGGAAUUCUAUGGCUCUUGCUCUUAUUCUUUGCUCCAAAGGGUUGCUUGAUAUAGUCUCACUCGGGAUGUGGAGAGAUCAAAAAUUGUUAGAUAUAGAGGAGUACACAUUAGCAAUGUUCCAUUUUUUGAUCCUUACCGGAGGGUUAAUGCCACUAGUGAGACGUUUGUAUGAACCAUUGAGCCAAUACACAAGUGUUUUUAGACAAAGUGUGGCAGAGUCAACAAGCAAUGGGACAUUUCAAACAAUAGUUUGCCUUUACAAGGAAGAGAAUUUACCAGGAACAUUGCGCCUUAUUGAAGCCUUUAACCCUACAAGAACAAGACCAAUUCCAGUCAUUGCCCUACAACUCAUGCCACUAUUUGGUCGUUGCACUGUCCCGAUCAUGGCACCAUUAGACCAAGUAAAAUCCCUGCCUAUCUUUCGGCCAAAGCUCGCAUAUUUGAAUCGAGUAGUUGAAGCGUUCUUAAACCUUGAACGCGAAUCUAAAGGUUACACUCGCGUAAAACACUACAUAGCCUUGGCUUCCCUUGAAGGUAUGCACAAUGAUGUAUGUGCCCUUGCGUACGAAAAAGACGUAAGCCUUCUCAUCUUACCAUUCCAUAUGAAUGUACAAUGGACUAAAGUUGGGAAAAUUGUUGAAGAUGGUUCUCUAUCAAUAAGGGAAGUUAAUAAGAUGGUUCUAGAAAAAGCACCAUGUUCGGUUGGAAUCUUGCUUGAUAGAGCUAAUCCUUUCCAAGGAUUAGGGGACUCUUAUGCUUAUCAAGUAGCUAUAAUUUUUCUAGGAGGGCCAGAUGAUAAAGAUGCCCUUGCCUUAACUAGUUUGUUUGGUACUCAUCCUCAUGUUAAGGUUGUUGUUGUAUGGUUGAAGUCUUCUAUUAAGGAUGAAGGCGAUGAUGCUAUAGAGGCUUUGAAUUAUGAAUUGAUAACGAGUUAUAAGGCUCCUAAGCCUCCGCCUAAUGACAAUGACACGACAAUGAAAUUGAAAGAGGUUGUUGUUAACGAUGGUGCUGAUACUACUAAUCUUUUGUUAUCUAUGAACGGUGUUGUUGAUUUGGUUGUUGUCGGAAGACACCAUGAUCCGACUUGUGUGCCCUUAUAUGGACUUUCUCUUGAUGGAUGGCGCGAGUAUCCAGAGUUAGGGAUUCUUGGGGACUUGUUAGCUACCCCUGAUUUUGGGUUCUCUGUGCUUGUUGUACAACAAGAGCCAAAAGAUGAUGUUGUAGGGGCUGUUAAAUCAACAGGAAAGUUUAAUAGUAACAUUGAGGAUGAAUGAACUAGUUUGAUUAUCUCUUCAGGGACUUGACUAUCAGAUCUCAUAAUGCAUAGAGGGUACAAACCAUUACAUGAGAUCAAAUUUGAAACUGCAAAUUUUAAAAUAUAAAAAUUUGCCGAGGGAAAUAUGAAGUGUUUUAGUGUUAUUUGAAAUUUUGUAACGUUAAAAUCUUCUACAAGUUAUGUUAUUAUAAAUUUGGCUUGGGAAUUACGGAUAUGAAAAGCUAAGUUGAGGCUUACAUAUGUAGCCAACCUACUUAUGCAAUCAAGAGAUUUAGUUUGGAUUGCAUUAUUUGAGUUUCUACCAUUGAUUUUUGAGUUAUAAUCAAAUUU